AUGUCCAAGUCCUUCACCCCUGCCGACGUGGCUUCUCACAACAAUGCCGAUAAGGGCAUGUACAUCAUCAUCGAUAACUCCGUCUUCGACGUCACCAAGUUUGUGGAUGAGCAUCCCGGCGGUGCGAAGAUCUUGAAGCGUGUCGCAGGCAAGGAUGCGACGAAGCAGUUCUGGAAGUACCACAACGAAUCCGUUCUCAAGAAAUACACACCCAAACUGAAGAUUGGCGACGUGAAGGAUGCCGCGAAGCUGUGA